GUGCAAUAAAAAUCUAUCCCACUAGCUAUUUUCUUGAGUAUUUAAAUCUCAAAAUUACAUUAUAAGUACUCGAUGUCUCGAUCUGUGCAUUAUUACAUUAUUGGUUGCAUAUACACCAAAGUAUAUUAAAAAUGGAGCCAUGGAAAGACUUUAGCGGAAAAGUAGUGAUGGUGACCGGUGCAUCGUCAGGAAUCGGGUUAGAGUUCUGUCUCGACUUGGCCAAAGCCGGUUGCAACAUCAUUGCUGCUGCUCGUCGUGUUGACAGACUAAAAUCUCUAUGCAACCAAAUUAAUAGUAAUUCAAAGGGACCUCCGCGUGCAAUCGCGAUCCAACUUGAUGUUACAGCUGACGGUGCUAUAAUUGAGUCCGCUGUACAAAUAGCUUGGGAUGCAUUUGGACGUAUUGAUGCCUUGGUUAACAAUGCCGGCAUUUCAGGUAAUGUGCACUCUUCACUAGAAUUGCCAGAGAAGGAGUGGGACAAUGUCUUUAACACGAGCCUAAAAGGGGCAUGGUUGGUGUCUAAAUAUGUAUGUAGACGUAUGCGAGAUGCUAAACAGGAUGGAGGUUCUGUUAUUAAUAUCUCUUCAGUGGCUGGUUUGAAUCGGGAAGUAUUCAUAGGGAUGCUUGCUUACGCUUCUUCAAAAAUGGCUCUUGACAUGCUCACUAAGAUUAUGGCGGUUGAAUUGGGAGUAGACAAGAUCAGAGUGAAUUCAAUAGCCCCAGGAUAUUUCAAAUCAGAGAUAACAGGGAGCCUUAUGGAAAAGAAAUGGUUCGAUAAUUAUACUAGGAGAACCGUUCCUCUAAGAACAUUGGGAACGAUAGAUCCAGCUUUAACAUCAAUGGUGAGGUACUUAAUCCACGAUUCUUCUGAAUAUGUUUCGGGUAAUGUCUUCAUCGUUGAUGCUGGAACUUCCUUACCAGGUGUCCCCAUUUUCUCAUCACUCUAAUCAUAAAGGUGGAUUCUUCAUUUGAAGUUUAUAGAUUCUCAUAACGAUCUCAGGUUGAUAUAAAAUAUUGAUUGAAUUCAUAAAAAAUAUACACGCAUAUAUAAUGGUGUAUCUACUUAUGUUGGAGAUAAAUGUCAAUAAGGGUUUAUUUUGCCUUUGAUGUGAUAAGCCCACUGAGAAGUUAUUGUAUUAUUGCAAAGUAUAUCUAAUAUGCGAAAUGAUUUG